UCUUAUAUUAUAUAUAAACAUUAAGCAUGCCUAGAUCAACAGAUCCUCUUGUUAUAGGAGGUGUAAUAGGUGAUGUUUUGGAGCCAUUUACAAGUUCUGUUUCUCUCAGGAUACUUUACAACAAUUCCUUUCAAGUUAUCAACUGUUGUGAGCUCAAACCCUCACAAGUACUAAACCAACCAAGAGUUGAAAUUGGUGGAGAUGAUUUCAGAACCCUUUACUCUCUGGUGAUGGUGGAUCCUGAUGCACCUAGUCCAGGAAAUCCAAAUCAGAGGGAAUAUCUGCACUGGUUAGUAGCCAAUAUUCCAGGAACUACAGGAACAAACUUCGGCGAAGAGGUUGUCGGGUACGAAGGUCCACGACCAGUGAUGGGGAUUCAUCGUAUUGUUUUCAUACUGUUUCGUCAACCUAGCAGACAAACUGUGUACGCUCCAGGAUGGCGACAAAAUUUCAACACCAGAGAUUUUAGUGAGCUUUAUAAUCUUGGAUCACCAGUUGCAGCAGCCUACUUCAACUGCAAACGACAACUUGAUUCUACUCGAAGGAGAUAA